UAAUUAAAAAAAGUUUGAAGCUAUUUAUAAAAAAUUGAAAUUAUGCGCUCGUAUUCUUUGAGAAGUUGCAAGCGCCGUUACUUCAGCAAAGCGGCAGAAUUGAAUUGAAAAUUAUAGAAUAAAAAUAAAGAAAAUUCACAUUUAAGGAAGAAAAAAGACACCUGGUGUUUAAAGAUAAAUACUGAGGAAUUUACACAGAAAUCACAAAAAACUAAGAAAAAUGAGUUUGACAUAAAAUUAGCUAAAAGAAUCAACCAAAAAAGAAAACUAAAAAAUUGGACAAAUUAAAUUAAUUUCCUUAGAAAAUACAUAAAGCCGCCUUCAAGAGAUAAAAUAAAAAGAAAAAAGUAGGAUUUUAUUACAGAAAAGUAUAAAUAUCAAGAAAACAAUCCUCUUUUUGCUGUUUGUGAAGAAGAGUUAAUUGCGUACAACACAAACUAAAAGAAAAUAAAUUUUUAAAAUGGCGCCCACAAAGAGUACCCGUGCAGUUUCCAAACAAUCAGUGGCCACCUCCACCUUGACCACACUGAUGCCCCUGGCACGCAAAGGCCUGACUAGGCGUACGGCCAGCAAUGUACAGGAUCAAAAUAUCGAUGUAAUGCAAACACGGGCAAAACGCAAAGCUGAACAUAGUCCACAGAAAAAUGACAAAAUUAAGCGUUCUGCUUUGGGAAAUCUCACGAAUAAUGUUAACAAUAACAAAUUGACGCUUUUGCAUACCGAAGAAGAUGCCAAACAGCAACAGCAACAAAUGAUGAAAAAGAAAGAUUUGGUACAAAAUCUAUUUGGACAACAAAAUGCUGCAGCAGUACAAUUAUUGAAAGAAACCCAAAAUCUCAUACUUCAACAGGCGUCAACAACACAGGGAACACAACAGAAGCCGGCCGCUCCCCAGGCCACUAAAAUAGCAACAAGAGCAUCCACGCGCAACCACAAAGAUGCUAACAACAUAACCUCAAAAGCACCCUUGGAGGAACAGACAAACAAACUUUUGACCAACUGCCAGGCGGCAAAAACAAAAGUUAAAACAGAUGAACCACCAGCAGCUCCGUUGCCACCAUUGCAACAUCAUCAGGUACAGAAAGUGGCUAACAAACCUGUACGCCGUAUUUCUAAUGAAUUUAAUAAGACUGAAGAAUCCCUGUAUAUGUCGGCUUUGGAAGACAUUUCCGGCUGCGACUCCAUGCGCUUGUCGGCGAAUUUCGAGGCUGCCAAGCGGAGAUCAGUUGUACUGCAACAAAAUAAAACCGAUGAUUCAAAACUCGAAGACGAGAAAGCUUUAGACGAAGCCGAGCAGCUGCCAGAAGGUGUAGAAGACAUAGACAAAGCCAACUGGAAUGACUUGUUCUUAGUGUCUCACUAUGCUCGUGACAUUUUUAAUUACCUGAAACAACGUGAAUCGGAAUUUCCCAUAGACGACUAUAUGGAACGUCAGGUUCACAUUUCGACGUGGAUGCGUUCUCUGCUGGUCGACUGGAUGGUUGAAGUUCAAGAAACUUUCGAACUCAAUCACGAAACGUUGUAUUUAGCCGUCAAGAUAGUAGAUCUAUUUCUAUGUAAAGAACAAAUUAGCAAAGAUAAAUUACAACUUUUAGGCGCUGCCGCUCUCUUUAUAGCAUGUAAAUUCGACGAACGGACCCCACCCUUGGUAGAGGACUUCCUAUACAUCUGCGAUGGGGCCUACAAACACGAUGAACUCAUAGAAAUGGAGAUCAUAACACUCAAAACCAUACAAUACGAUUUGGGUAUACCGCUGUCGUACCGUUUCCUCAGACGUUAUGCCCGCUGUGCCAAAACUCAAAUGCCCACCUUAACUUUAGCCCGUUACAUUUUAGAAUUAUCCCUGAUGGAUUAUGACUGCAUUACGUUGAGUGAUUCGAAGAUGGCUUGUGCUGCUCUCUUUAUGGCUUUACGUUUACAUGGCGAGGCGAAACCCUGGUCACCCACACUCAUUCACUAUACAGGCUAUCAACUGCAAGAUUUCGCCGAGAUAGUGCCAAUACUUAAUGCUGGAUUACACCGUAAGCCCAAGGGUACCAUUAAAACCAUAAGAAGUAAAUAUUCCCAUAAAAUAUUCCAUGAAGUAGCUAAGGUUCCCCUAAUGACUACAGAGCAAUUAUUUGCAAAUAAUUUAGAUUUCGAUUUAAGUUUAACAACUCCUGAACAACAAAAGUUGCAAAAGCAACAACAAAAAAGUGGUAGUAGUUGUAGUGGGGAUAAGAAAACAUAAGAACAAGAUACAAAAAUAAUUGAUAAAAUUAAAAAAGGAAAGGAGAGUUAAAAAAUGGAGGGAAUACAUACAGUGUGUGAGGGGAGAUAAACUAAAAACUUUCUUAAAAAAUGUUUAAUAGUUUCCAAAUUUUAAUAUUUUGAUUAGAGAAAACUCCAAAAACAAGUUUCAAAUAUGCAAUUGUGUAAAGUAUUUGCAUUUCUUAAACAAAUUUUGUCAAUGUUAAUUCAUUGAAAAUAUAAAAGGAAGUAUAAAUCUUAUUUAAUUUUCAAGUUAAAGAAUAAACCAAUUGUUUAGUUAUUUGUUAUACAAAAAUGUGUUAAAAUUGGGCGAAAUUGUUUUAAUUUGUUUUUUCUUUAACAAAUUAUAAGCUUUUUUGAAACAUUUUCUUUAAAACACAAUGUAAUCACAUAAAUUCGUUUAUUGUCAGGCCUUAAACAAUUGUUAAGUUUUAUAAGUUUUGAAUCUAAUCAAAUUUGUUAUUUUUAGAAAAAAAUAGAAAAAACUUUCAUAAUUAUUUUUUCUGUUUAAUUAGCUAAACAGUCUCUUUUGUAAAUUUCUUUUUUUGAGCCUUGUUUGGUUUUUAAUAUUUUCAAAUUGUUUAAACUUAUUGCAAAGAAAUCUUGAUAUGUACAAUUUUUGUGUGAUCGUUAUGAUUGUCCUACAUCCGGUUUAUUCAGAUACUUGUUACAUUUGUUUUAAAUUAAUUUAUUUCCCCGUGAGUAUUUCUCUCCUUUUUUUCUAGAACAUCUAAUAAUUUAACUAUUAAUCCCCUUUUAAAAUUGUAGCCGCCAGCCACUACUUAGCUAAAUGUUUUCAUUUCUUUCUAACUUCUUUUCUAUUUCCGAAUUAUUGUUUAUUUUUUAAGCAAUUUAUUUAUAUUUUAUAAACCUUUGUUUCCUUAAAAAUACUCUCCUAAACCAACAUCAAAUACCAAAAUUGACAUAAACUAAACAAAAAUUACCACUUCAUAUAGACAAAUUAAAGCAAAAACUACCAAAACUAAAUGAAAAAAUUAAAAAAAAAAACAUUAAUAUACGCUUCGUUAGAUGAAACAAAAAAUACAAACAAAACUAAAACACUAUUAAGUUUCAUAAGGAAGUACAUAUAUAAUUUAAAACUUAAGUUAUUAAUAUUACAAUUAUAUAUUUUUUUCCUCUCAUCCCUUACAACACCUUCAUAACUGAUUAUUUUGUAACUUUAUUUUUUUAGUAAUAUUAAGUUGCAUUUAUUAUUUUAUAAAUUUCUAUAUAAUUAAUACAAACAAAAAACAACUAAAACAACAAUUACACUUAAAUAAAUUUAAAUAACCAUAUAUAUUACCUAAAACAAUAAUACAAAUCUAAUUUUACCCAGAAAAGAUAUCAAGUUUAGGUCUACAGGAUACUUUAUUAUCAUCAGUUAAUUUAGCCAACAUUUCUUUUAAAGAAAUUUAUCUAUUUUUGUUUGCUGUUGACCUGGUUCGUUUGAUCCUUAUUUAUCAUUUACUAAUCCACCUUUUUAUAUUAAUUUUGUUUUUUUAUUUUUCCUUUUUAGUAAUUUUAUUAAAUAUUAUUUUUUUCAUCUAAUACAAUAUACAUAUUUUUAAGUUUUUAACUUUUUUUGUCUACACGUAACUAGCAAUUUACAAAAUUUUGUUUAAAGAUUUAUUUGUUUUGUUCUUUGCAAGUUUUUGUUAUGCACUAUUAUCGUUAAAAAAUAUUAUUUUUAAUGUUUUUUUAUUAUCAACUUAAGUUAUUCUUUUUUGGUUAAUAAAUACAAUUUUUUUAUUUUUUCAAACAA